GAUGGUUGUAAGGUCUGAUAAUCGCUCAGCUCACGUUAAGGUUCUUCGUUCUCUGGGACAAGAUGGAAGGACACUGCCCCUACAAGGACAUGUAGGGUUCGACUCCCUCCCCGACCAGUUGGUUAACAAGUGUGUUAACCUUGGCUUUGACAUGAACAUACUCUGUGUAGGAGAGACUGGUAUUGGUAAAUCAACUCUCAUGGACUGUCUCUUCAAGGCUAACUUUGAUGAUACAGUACACUCGCACAAGUCGCCGGGUGUCGAGAUCUCAGAACACAUUUACAACUUGAAGGAGGGAAAUGUGAAGCUGAGACUUGCUAUUGUGGACAGUGUGGGCUACGGGGACCAGAUCAACAAGGAGAACAGUUUCAAGCCACUAGUUGACUACGCUGACGAGCAGUUUGAGAACUACCUCCAAGAAGAGCUGAAGAUAAAGAGAGAUCUGGUUACCUUCCACGAUAGCAGGAUACACGUGUGUCUCUAUUUCCUCGUCCCUACUGGCCACUCUAUUCGCUCUCUGGAUCUAGUGACAAUGAAGGCGCUGGAUAAGAAAUGUAAUAUAAUUCCUAUCAUAGCCAAGAGUGACACCGUCAGCAAGUCUGAACUGGACACCUUUAAAGCUAAUAUUAUGGAGGAGUUGAGAGCAAAUGAUGUUGAGAUCUACACAUUCCCUACCGACGAUGAGACAGUGGCUGAUGUAAACAAGGAGAUGAACGAAAUGAUGCCAUUCGCAGUUGUUGGGUCACGUGAGGACGUUAAAGUGGGUGAGAUAACAGUACGAGGGAGGGAGUACCCGUGGGGUGUGGUAGAGAUUGAGAACGAACAGCACUGUGACUUUGUGAAGCUCAGAGAGAUGCUCAUUAGGACCAACAUGGAGGAUCUUAGGGAGGUGACACACAGGAAACACUACGAGUUGUACCGACGAGGUAAACUGAAGCAGAUGGGUAUCACUGACGAUGGCGCUCAUCCAGUUAGUCUACAAGAGACGUACGAACAGAAGAGAGCGGAGCACCUCGAGGAGUUACAGAGAAUAGAGAAUGAAAUGAGACAGAACUUUGUUAAUAAAGUCAGGGAGAAGGAUCUAGAGCUCAAGAGGAACGAGAAGGAGCUGGCUGCUAAGUAUGAAGGUCUGAGGAAAGAAAACAACGAGGAAAAGAAGAGAUUGGAUGAGGACAGAAAGAAACUUGAGGACGAUUUAGCUGCAAUAAAGAAGAAAAAAGAGGACUUGGAGCGAGCUACCGCCGAACAAGCCAACGGACAAAACACCAAAUCUAAGAAGAAAUAGAUUACAACUAGCUUUAGACCUUUACAUUGCAUGCAAAAAAACUUGAUAAGGCACUGAGUUUCUAUUAUUUUAGCAAAAAGAGACAUUCCGAGAUAAAAUUACGUGUUUAUAAGUUUAUAUGUUACUGUGAACUGUUCAAGCCAUGCUGUUCGAUACAUUGUUUGUUUCUAGUUGUAGAAAAUAGAAUAAUUAAUGAAUAUUGAGCAGAUUGUUAGAUAGUGAUAAUUAUUGAAAUUUGUUUGAAAUCGAUUUUUAAAUUUUUCUAUCAUUCAUUCAAUUCAAUUUGACGUAAUAUUAUCUAUCGGACAUAUUUUCAAACACGCUCCCUUUUUACGUGCAAAAACGGACAUUUUCUUGAAAAAGAAUAAGUUUUGAGUAUUUAAUAAUUAUCUAAAAAUUAUGAAUUUAAACAAAUUGCAUUCCGUUAAACAAUCCCAUGUAAGUUAACCUGUUAACUGUAGUAUUUGAGAGUUGGCUUCCUAAAUGUUGCUAUUUCGUUCUGUAUAUUUUAUUUUCUUACACUUA